CGGCUACCACAUGCGGUGGCUGGCACCAGAUAAGUGACCGUUGGCUGGCGAGGCCACCUUUUUUAGAUAUAUAACCGUUACACAACUUCCCUUCGCAAAACCAAACUCCAAGUGAGAACAAAUCCCGGAAAACAACAUCCAGUCCUUGAAUCAGAGGUAACUGGUUGAACCAUGACUGCUGAGGAAACCCCGGUGGUGGCUGAGGUUGUCAUUCCUCAAGAACAGCCCAAAAAAGUUGUUGAAGAGAGCGAAAAUGAUGUUCAGGAGGAUUGGCAAGUGAAGGAAGUGCAAGACUACGAUGAUUCCAAGCCUAAAACUGUUCAGAAGAGCUCUUCAUACAAGGAAGAAAGCAACUUUCUUUCUGAUCUUAAGGAGUUUGAGAAAAAGGCCCUGAAUGAGUUCAAAUCAAAACUCGAAGAAGCUAUUCUUGGAAACAAUCUGUUCAAGAAAAAGGAGCUAAAGAAGAAACAGAAGGAAAGUGAAGAGAAAGAGAAAUCAGAGAAUAAAGAAGAAACAGAGAAGGAAACAGAACCUGAAAAUGGUGAAGAAAGCGAGAAACAAGCGCAGGAAGAAGCCGAAAUGAAUGAGCAGAAGGCUGUGGAAGAAAAUGGCGAAGAAAUCGACAAAGAUGUCUCCAUUUGGGGAACCCCACUUUUGCCCAGCAAAGGAGCAGAGGGCACUGAUGUGAUCCUCCUGAAGUUCUUGAGAGCUAGAGAGUUCAAAGUCAAUGAAGCCUUCGAGAUGCUAAAGAAGACCCUUCAAUGGAGGAAGGAAUCCAACAUUGAUUCAAUCUCGGAUGAAGAUUUACAAGUUGAUCUAAGCUCAGCCUUCCACAUGAAUGGCAUAGAUCGUGAAGGUCACCCUGUGUGCUACAACAUUUAUGGGGUGUUCGGAAACGAAGAGCUUUACACCAAGGCAUUUGGAACUGAGGAGAAUCGCAAACAGUUCUUGAGAUGGAGAUUCCAGCUGAUGGAAAAGGGUAUUAGGAAGCUUGAUUUGAAGCCUGGUGGUGUCACAUCUUUGCUUCAAAUCAGUGAUCUCAAGAAUUCUCCUUCUCCAUUAAAGAAGGACCUCAGAGUCGCCAUGAAGCAAGCUGUUGGGAUUUUGCAGGACAAUUAUCCUGAAUUAGUUGCCAGAAAUAUAUUUAUAAAUGUUCCAUUCUGGUAUUAUGCUUUGAAUUCCCUUUUAUCUCCUUUCCUAACCCAAAGAAGCAAGAGCAAAUUUGUUGUUGCACGACCUGCAAAGGUCACAGAGACCUUGCUCAAAUACAUCCCAGCAGAAGAAAUCCCUGUCCAGUAUGGUGGAUUCAAGAGGGAGAAUGAUUUUGAGUUCUCAACUGAAGAUGGUAAAGUUUCUGAACUUGUCAUCAAAGCAGGAUCAUCUGAAACCAUUGAGAUCCCUGCAGAAGAGGUUGGAGCUAUGCUGCUAUGGGAUGUGAUUGUUUUGGGUUGGGAAGUAAAUUACAAGGAAGAAUUUGUACCAAGUGAAGAUGGUUCUUACAGCAUCAUAAUUUCAAAGGGAAAGAAAAUGAGUUAUUCCGAAGGGCCGAUUCGAAACAGUUUCAAGAAUAAUCAACUUGGAAAAGUUGUCCUGACCUUAGUAAACAGCUCCGGCAAGAGAAAAAUGGUUUUGUAUCGCUAUAAGAUCAAGAAGAGUGAUUCUUUCUAAAAACAUCCCUAUAUAUAUUAUAUUCAUUGUUUCAUUGCUUAUUACAUUCUUUUUAUGGCGGAGAAACAUCAUUUUUUUCCCUCUGCAGGGAUGACUAUGUUCCUCUGCUUAAGUUUUAUGGAUUUCUUUGUUAAAUAUAUACCAGCAAUAAAAUUAAAGAUUGUUUUGAGUUAAUUCUA